UUUAGUUUGAGAGAGAGAACACAGACGACACCAAGUUUCUUUCGAUCUCUUCGCCGCAGAUCAAAAUUCUCUUAUUCCUCGGAUAAACCUCUCCUUCUGCGGCGGCGAUAAAAAAAAGAACAAACCUCCCAAACAAUAAAAAAAAAAGUUUCAACCUUUUAUUGUCUGUUCCAUCUCUCUCUCUUUCAAGAAACCACAUAUUUCGAUAAACAUGGCUCGUUCUUUCUCUAACGUUAAGAUGGUAUCUGCUUUCGUCUCCCAAGAACUCUCUAAUGCAAUCUUCCGACGCGGUUAUGCGGCCACGGCGGGACAGUCUAGCAGUAGAAAAGGUGGAGCCGUUGUUUCGGCGGUAAUGAAGAAGGGAGUGGAAGAAUCGAACCAGAAGGUUGCUUGGAUUCCAGACCCCAAAACCGGUUAUUACAGACCGGAAACCGGUUCCAACGAGAUUGACCCAGCGGAGCUACGUGCAGCACUCUUGAAUAACAAGCAGUGAUUUGAUUAAUUGAAUAAAGAGGUUCUACUUCUGUUUUGAUUAAUUAUUUUAAUGUUUAGGAUUUAAUGUAUUGAGAGGAGGUUAGGGGAAGAAGGUAAUGAUCCGUUGUGGUGAACCCUAUUUUCAUCUGUUACGUGCGAUUCUGUAAUAAACUAAUAGAGAAGCCUUCUUGGUUUUUCUAUUUUGUAACAAAAAGGAUCGUUGGAUGUAUGAUGGUAUUAUCCAUAAUAUAGUUUUUUUUUGUUACUAGCA